AUGACAACGAUGUUCAUCCAACUGCGCCGUGUGGUGUACCUGUUGGUACUUCUGCAGUGUUGUGCGUGUGGGGUGAAUGCCAUCAGCGCGCAGGAAGGGAGGGGAGGUAAUGACGGUGUACCAGAAGUCAACCAUACCCGUGAUGCUGAAGUUGGGGAGGGACGGUUGCAGGAAUUGGUGAACCGGGCUUAUAAAUUAUACUUGCAGGGCAGAGGUUGUGUAGAGGUGUUGAAGAAGGAGACGGCGACAUGCGACGAGAGUAAGGACAUCGCCAAAAAAGCAGCGGAGGCAACAAAGAAGGCCGUUGAUGCUUUAAAGACUGAGCUGGAUGAAGGGAAGAAAAAGGAUAAAGGAAGGAUUACGGAGGAAAAGAUUAAGAAUUUGAAGCUUUUGGUGGAGGAUGCCAGGGGGAAAAUUGCAGAGAGCAAGAAGGUGGUUCAGAAAAAAAAUUCUUUGUUGCGAAGGACAAGAGUCGCAACAACGGCUUGUUGGAUAUCUUACGGCGAUCUAAAUGAUGAGGUGACGAAACUCAAUGAGACCCGAGAUGGGCUAAAGAGUUUGCUGGACGACUACAGGAGGACUGAGAGAGAGGAACUCAUAAAGAACGCCACCCAAACGGGUGGUGAUUUGUUUUGGCUCAUGCAAGAAGUGACGUUGACUCUCAGACGGGGGCGGGAAAAUAAGACUGCGGCUGAAAGAGAGGUAUGGGAGGCGGAUCAAAUUUUCCAAAAGGCGAAGACGACACUCAAGGAGAUCACGGAAGUUGUUAAUAAGGAGGUUCCAGAGCGAGCAGAGGGCCAUAAACUUACGGAGCUUCAGCAGCUUGUAAACGAAAGCGAGGAAGAAUUAAAAAACGUCUCCGUAAUAAGCAGUUCAAUCGCUCAACCGGCGCCAGCAAUACUCCAGGGAGGUGACGCGACUCGAUAUAAGGAAGCUUAUGAGAGGGAGAAGACGCAGGAUCCUGCCACUCACGAGAAGAGAGUCAAUGAAGAGAGAGAAAAGGAGGAAGCUAUGGAAGCGGUGAAGAUGGAGCUGAAGAAGGCGGAGGACGAGGCGGCUCGACUUUUGGCGGAAAAGAUUAUCCGGGAGAAACAGGCCGAGGAGGAAAGGAUCAGAUUGGAGAAACUGGCAGAAGAAAGGAAGAGACAGGAGAAACUGGCUGAGGAAGAAAGGAAGAGACAGGAGAAGCUGGCUGAGGAAGAAAGGAAGAGACAGGAUAAGCUGGCUGAGGAAAAAAGAAAAAAACAGGAGAAACUGGCUGAGGAAGAAAGAAAAAGACAGGAGAAAUUCGCCGAAGAGAAGCUAGGGAAGGCGAAGGAGGAAACGGAACGGGCAGCGAAAAUGGCCAAGAAGAAAGACAGCAGCUACAGUCCUGCAUUGAUGCACAGUCCCUUAUUGCUCCUUCUUGUUCUGACUGUUUUGGGCUGCACUCUCGUUUGCUGA